AUGGCUCGCGAGACACGGUCGCAGACGGGCAACUCCAAGCCGCGCGUUAUCCCAGUCAUCGACACCGCGCCCACCAUCACCCGCAAGGCAGCACCCAAGAAGAAGGCCAAGGGCGCCAAACCUAUCGGUGUGACCAAGAAUAAAGCACCCAAGAAAGAGGGCUUUGUCACAAAAGUCAAAUCCGCCGCGAAGAAGACGGAGAAGAAGGCGGUAUCGGUCGAGAAGGAAACGCAGAAUAGCGUCGAAAAGGCCGAGAAGGCCGAGAAGGCCGAGAAGGAGGCCAAGCCCACGACGACGACGAAGAAGAAGGAGCCCGCCGCUACCAAGUGA